AUGCCGUCUUGCAUUCCCAAUGUAACGGUCCAAAGCGGUCACGUCGAGGUUACACAGGACUCGGGACCUGAUCCGGCUUCACAAAAAAUCAAGAGGACUUCGGCCCUCAAUACAAGGCAACUUGCGGAGCUGAUUAAGACAAUCAAGACAAGAUCGGAUGAGAGCGAGGGCCGUUUAUCGAAGCUGAAGGAAGAGGUAGCAGUCCUUCAACAUUCUCAAAUCGGCUUGCUCGAUGGCCUGGACAGACUUCAUCUCCGCCAGGACAACCAAGAUUCACUAGAGGAACGGUCGGCCAUCCUCAACUGGCUAGCGCCGGUCGACUACAGCUCUCAACAACGCGACUUCAUCCGCCGGCGGCAAGAAGGAACCGGCAAGUGGCUUCUCGAGUCUGAGGAAUACCAGGCGUGGUUGAGUGCACAAGGGAAGACCCUCUUCUGCCCAGGCAUCCCCGGGGCUGGAAAGACCAGCCUCGCAUCGAUUGUCAUUGACGACCUGAGUUCGCAGUUCGCAAAAAAUACAACAAUUAACCUUGCAUACAUCUACUGUAAUUUUCAACGGCAAAACGAGCAAAAUGUCGAGGGCUUUCUCACAAAUCUUCUGAAACAGCUCGUUGAGUGUCAAUCUUCCGUGAAGGAUCUUUAUGAGCAGCACAGGACAAAACGACCCUCGCUUCACAAAAUCUCGGCAAUCUUCCACACAGUCAUUUCAAUAUCUACCCGGGUCUUCGUCGUGGUCGACGCCAUAGACGAGUGCCAAGAGUCCGAUGGCUGCCGGAACAAGUUCCUCUCUGAGCUUUUUGAUGCCCAAGCCAGGUAUAGGAUCAACCUUCUGGUCACGUCACGGUUCAUUCCAGAUAUAGUGGAUCGAUUUCGAGAUGCCGUUACCUUGGAGAUCCGUGCUAGCAGCGAAGAUGUAGAACGAUAUAUUGAGGGCCACUUGGAUCGGCUUCGGCCUUUCGUUCAGAAAAAACCGCCCAUUACAGCAAGAGAUCAUAACCGGCAUAUCCAAUUCCGUUGA